CAGUCAGGCAAGCGUAUCGGGGCAGGGGCAGUCGGUGGGUCGGUCGUCACGAGCGAACGAGCGUUCGUGUGUGAUCGAUGUUGUGAUACGGUGUGUUCGCGUCCGCUAGUUGCGCGUCGCGUUCAUCAUCGAGCGAAGUUGUAACGAGGAGCACACGCAGGGACAGACAGUCCGCCAGCGAGCAUGGUUGCCACGAGAAUCCGCAGUAACGCGUCUACGCGGUCAUCCCGGGACGAACAGUGGUAACGUCGUGUUCCGCUUGUGGUGUUUCGUACUUUACGCGAGGUCCUUGCUCACGUGAAGCGGAGGGUACCCUGUGUGCUAGCUAGCUAGCGGGCGUGCGUGCGUGCGUGCGUGCGUGCGUACGUGCGUGCGUGCGUGCGUGCCUGCCUCUGACCGUGUCAUGGUAUCGAGGCAGGCCGAGAAUCGUGGCGGCGGAAGUUCUCGCACGUCCCAAGACAUGGCCUGCGACAAUCGCGCCGAGAGCGACUUCGAGUUCUCGGUGCCGCCAGAGGCGCCGGUAUUCGAGCCCACCACCGAGGAGUUCCAGGACCCGCUCGCCUACAUCGCGAAGAUACGGCCGAUCGCGGAGAAGUCCGGCAUCUGCAAGAUCAAACCGCCGCCUAAUUGGCAGCCACCGUUUGCUGUGGACGUGGACAAGUUCAAGUUCGUCCCGAGGAUACAGAGGUUAAACGAACUGGAAGCCAAGACCAGGAUAAAGUUAAACUUUCUGGAUCAAAUCGCGAAAUUCUGGGAGCUGCAAGGUUCCUCCUUGAAGAUCCCUCUGGUGGAGCGGAAGGCGUUGGACUUGUACUCCUUACAUAAAAUCGUCACUGACGAAGGUGGCGUUGACACGGUGACGAAGGAGAGGAGAUGGGCCAAAGUCGCCAACAAAUUGGGUUACCCAUCCGGACGAAGCGUGGGUAGUAUAUUGAAGAAUCAUUAUGAGAGAAUUUUAUAUCCCUUUGACGUCUUCAAGCUGGGAAAGACAUUGUCGGAUAUCAAAAUCGAACCAGAAACGGACGCGAACGAGAAGAGGGAUCGCGAUUACAAACCGCACGGCAUAAUAUCACGACAGCAAAUCAAACCGCCGAACGAGAAGUUCUCAAGACGGUCCAAGCGGUAUUCCGGCCAAGAAGAAAAGCAAGAUGUAUCGGUUAAGCAGGAGGACUGCAAGGAGGAGUGCGAUUCUGACAACGAAUGCAAGGUUGUGGUCAAGAGUAGGUAUUAUAAUUCCGACACGGACAAAACCAUGGACAAGAGCAAGGAACUUAAGAAAUUACAAUUUUACGGACCAGGCCCGAAGAUGGCUGGCUUUAAUACCAAAGAGGCGAAGAAGUCUAACAAGACACGCGGCUUGAAGUUUGUUUAUGAGUUCGAUCCCCUGGCAAAAUAUAUCUGUCACAAUUGCGGGAGGGGCGACAACGAAGAGAACAUGUUGUUGUGCGACGGUUGUGACGACAGCUAUCACACUUUCUGCCUUAUGCCGCCAUUGACGGAGAUACCGAAGGGUGACUGGCGGUGUCCAAAGUGCGUCGCCGAAGAGGUCUCCAAGCCGAUGGAGGCGUUCGGCUUCGAGCAAGCACAGAGGGAAUACACGCUGCAACAAUUCGGAGAGAUGGCCGAUCAGUUCAAGAGCGACUACUUCAAUAUGCCUGUGCACAUGGUUCCCACAUCACUGGUGGAGAAGGAAUUCUGGCGUAUAGUCUCGUCCAUCGACGAGGACGUGACGGUGGAAUAUGGCGCUGAUUUACAUACGAUGGAUCACGGAUCCGGCUUCCCAACCAAGACAAGCGUGAAUCUGUUCACGUGCGAUCAGGAGUACGCCGAAUCCUCGUGGAAUCUGAACAACUUGCCGGUGUUACGUGGCAGCGUUUUGGGUCACAUUAACGCUGACAUCAGCGGCAUGAAGGUACCGUGGAUGUAUGUCGGUAUGUGCUUCGCUACGUUCUGCUGGCACAACGAGGACCACUGGAGCUAUUCCAUCAAUUAUCUACACUGGGGCGAACCAAAGACGUGGUACGGCGUGCCGGGAUCACAAGCCGAACGCUUUGAGCACUCCAUGAAAUCCGCAGCACCUGAAUUGUUUCAUAGUCAGCCUGAUCUGUUGCAUCAACUUGUCACCAUUAUGAAUCCGAACAUAUUGACUAAUGAAGGAGUACCAGUAUUCAGAACUGAUCAGCAUGCGGGUGAAUUCGUGGUGACAUUUCCGAGAGCGUAUCACGCCGGAUUUAAUCAAGGCUACAACUUCGCAGAAGCCGUUAAUUUUGCACCUGCCGAUUGGCUCAAGAUUGGACGGGAUUGCAUCACACAUUAUUCGAACUUAAGGAGGUUCUGUGUGUUCUCCCACGACGAACUGGUUUGCAAAAUGUCGUUGGAUCCGGACUCAUUAGACAUCGGAGUAGCGACUGCGACGUACCAUGACAUGCUACAAAUGGUGGACGACGAGAAAAAAUUGCGGAAGAACUUGCUAGAAUGGGGUGUAACAGAGGCGGAGCGCGAAGCGUUCGAGUUGCUACCGGACGAUGAGAGGCAAUGUGAAGCCUGUAAGACUACCUGCUUUCUGAGUGCCGUUACGUGCUCGUGCCACAACUCACAGUUGGUUUGCUUGAGACACUUCGCCGAGUUGUGCUCUUGCCCACCGGACAAACACACGCUGCGUUAUCGUUAUACUCUGGACGAACUGCCCAUCAUGCUGCAAAAGUUGAAGCUGAAGGCCGAGUCCUUCGACUCGUGGGUGACCAAGGUCAAGGAGGCAAUGGACCCCAAGAACGACAAAAUCGAGCUGAGUGAAUUGAAGGAGUUGUUGAAUGAAGCUGAAAACAAGAAGUUCCCUGAGAGCGAGCUGCUCACUGCUCUCACCACAGCGGUGCAAGAUGCUGAGAAGUGUGCUAGCGUCGCGCAACAGCUCCUCAAUAAUAAACAACGUACAAGGACCAGGCAAUCAGUUGAUACCAAGUAUAAACUUACUGUAGAGGAGUUGACACUAUUUUAUAAGGAGAUCACCAACUUGUACUGCGAGCUCAAGGAAUCAGAUGGUGUCAAGUACAUACUUGAUCAGGUGGUGCAAUUCCAAAAAGAUGCAGAGGAAUUGGAGUCCAAGGGGGAUGAAUGUGACAUGAACAAGUUGGAGAAGUGCAUCGACUUUGGUGAUUCUAUCUGCAUCGAACUACCCCAGCUUCAACGGUUAAAGCAAAAAUUGAUGCAGGUACAAUGGCUGGAGGAAGUGCGGACCGUCCAAGACGAUCCACGAAACGUCAGUCGCGAGGACGUAGUGAAAUUGAUCGAGAAGGGGAUGGCGAUACCGCCACAUUUUAGUGUGGAGAACACGCUGUCCAUGUUGCACUCGCUCACGAAGGCGAUCGACAAGUGGGAGGAGAAGGCCAAAGUGUUUUUGCAAACUAAAAACAGACAUACCAUUGCGGCGGUAGAGGAGUUCAUUCAUGAGGCGGACGAGGUAGAGGCGUAUUUACCGAGCUUGGACAAUCUACAGGACAUAUUGAGCAAGGCAAAGAACUGGAUGAAAGUGGUGAAUGAGAUACAAGCGAGGGAGAACGUGCCGUAUUACGACACAUUAGACGAUCUGAUCAGGAAGGGCAGAAAUAUCCCGUUACACUUGGAACCCUUGCCGAUGUUGGAAUCCACUCUCUCACAGGCGAAAGCAUGGAAGGAGAGGACCGCGAGGACAUUCCUGAGAAAGAAUUCGCACUGCACGCUGAUGGAGGCAUUGUCGCCUCGCGUCGGCGUUGGUGUACAGGCGAUGAAGACUAAGAAAAAUAACAAAUCGGGUGAUGAAUCCGUGGGCGCAGUUUACGUUUGCGAGACGAGAUUAGACGACUCCAGCGACUCAGCUAAUGUGGUGGCCGCCUUCAAAUUGGCUGAGCAGCGCGAGAUGGAGGGCAUGAGGCAACUACGGGAGAAGAACUUCCUCAAAGUGGAAAUCCAGGAUUCCAAAUACUGCAUCUGUCGGCGACCGAGAUUCGGCAUUAUGUUGCAGUGCGAGCUGUGCAAAGAUUGGUUCCACACAAACUGCGUGCCUUUGCCCAAAACUUCCUACAAAGGCAAAUCCCCAAUAUCGAGGGACAUGCGAUUCUUGUGCCCGUGUUGCUUACGUUCCCGACGACCGCGCUUGGAAACGAUACUGGCCCUUUUAGUGAGCCUCCAGAAAAUUCCGAUCCGUGUGGCGGAGGGUGAAGCAUUACAGUGUCUAACGGAACGUGCAAUGAACUGGCAGGAUCGUGCGAGGCAAGCGUUGGCCACCGAAGAAAUCUCCUCCGUGGUGACGAAACUCUCUGUAAUGUCGCAAAAGCUCGUAGAAGCUGCGGCGAGGGAGAAGACGGAGAAGAUUAUCAGCAGCGAAUUAAAGAAGGCUGCGAACAACCCUGAACUGCACAAAAGAGUGCAAGCUAUCGCGCCACUCAGCGGAGUGCAUUCAGACGAUAGUGCGCUCAGUAAUACCGAGGACGACGACGACGUCAUUCCUAUCGAAGACGAGCCCACGUGUAGUACCUUUAACAGUAGUGAACAUGCUUAUUCAUAUAUCUCAAAAGUUCGACGGAAAACUCAAUCGGGAGACGGCAGCGAAUCGGCAUUCGGCGUAUUAUCGUCGAGCGCGAGGUCGCGCUUAGAGGAGCUAAUGAUGGAAGGCGAUUUGUUGGAGGUAGCUCUCGACGAGACGCAGCACAUCUGGCGCAUUUUGAGGCACACUUACAGUCACAACAACAUGUGCACGUAUCCGUCGUUCGAGGAGGUACAAGCGAAUCGUAAUCAAGAGAAGAAACGAGGCAGGAAGAGGAAAUCGGAGGAAUCUGAGCUGAAGACAAAGAUCGGCCGGCAAAAGAUCGAACGGCAAAAAGUUGACGAGAAGAUCGCGAAUAAACGCAAGAUCGCAGGUCUCGUUACCAAAGAGAAGAAACAGAGUAGCUCACCCGUUCCCAUGAAACGGGACUCCGCUGUCGGACUGAAGCGUGGACCCCGAAAGAUGAAGCGCAAAGAAGUCGAGGAUGGACCCAAGAAGCGAGGCGGCAACCGCAAGAAGACCAAGCAAGACACGUCGGAUGAAGAGGAUGAUUGUGCGGCGGUUAACUGUCUACGACCUGGUGGUAAGGAAGUUGAUUGGGUUCAGUGUGACGGUGGCUGCGAGGGUUGGUUCCAUAUGCAUUGUGUCGGAUUGGAUCGCACAGAAAUCGCGGAGGAAGACGAUUAUAUAUGUAGCAACUGUAAACAGGCCGAUCAGAAUGCAUCGUUUACACGCACGAUGUAGACGUGAACGUUCAUGGAUCGUUAGUUUUCAUUUGGCUGGUAAUCUCAUUUCGUCUUCUUUUCGACAUUUUUUGUCUAUUAUCAGAGAUCUCUGUUAUAGGCUUAGAGUAAGUUUUGUUUUGUGUUAAACGUUGUAGUCGAGAGCGCCAGACCUUCUGGCGGAAUCAUUAGGCCUGGAUGCACUUCUUUCCCUUUCUCAGCCCCAGGAACACCAAGGCACCACCGACACGGAGGCGGGCGUCUAGGAAACGACAUUCCACGUCUGGACCUACUAAGCCCACUUCGUGUCGUCGAGCUUCGCACGGAUGCUCGGGACGUUUACAAUCGUGACUUUCAAUCUUCAACUGAACUCGUGGUGGUGUGAAGCGUUAGCGUUUAGUUUGUCUUUCCUAACGUUGUCCUGUGCUAUUCGGCAUUACAGAUCGUCGAUCAUCAUUCAUCGAUAUGCGUUUCUUUUUUAUUUUCUCGAGCGGAGUAGUGUUUAAUUAAGGGCUAAAGUAUCGUAACACCGUCUUUUUCGUUUGUGUAUGUGUGUGUCUUUAGCCUUUUAAUAGCAUUCGUUAAUAAAUCUUUAAUCUGCAUUUAUACACUGACAUGCGGGAAAUUUUGCAUUCAGAUACAUAAAACAGGACGCCAUGCAUCUUCGAUACGUCGCGCAGGUCCUGUUCAUAUUUUGUUGUUGGAAAUUUGAUUUUGGUCACGAAGACUAAUGCUCUCGCAUGUUUUAUUUUAAUCGCACGACUGUAAAGAUACUUUAUUUGUAAAUUUCUUUUUUUUAUUGGAUUGUUAAUACAAGGAAAAGAAGCGCCGGUUUCAUUGCAUUCAACGGCACACGAGUCACGGAUGAACCGUGAUUACACGUAUAUGCCUGAUUUUGUAAAACUCUUUCCAUGUAAGAGUGUUCUCUUUUUCGUCUAUUAUAAUGUCACGCCUCUCGCUCGAAACGCUAAACGAUCGAAUGUUAUUUCUUCAUUUUCCUACGAGAUCGACGAUCGUCGAAUGAACGAACGGCGCAACGUGCGCACGCGUCCAUAUGAAGAACGCGAUCUAGUAGUGGAUUUACGACCUCACUUUACUGACGCAAGUUGGACGUAACAGAGCGUGAAAUCUGAAGUUAACGCGAGCCGAAAUAAACCCGAACGAGUUAAAUGAUACACACCGCAGAGACAAUAGACUUGUAUAAAUAGAUUGAGCGUUUUCGCAGGAGAUCAUGGAAGGCCUGAUUGGAAAGUUGCUGCUGACUUUAUAUAUCUGGACUUUUUAUUCUGAGUCUAACGGAAAUAUGGAUCUUUAUCUAUUAUGGAUAAUGUAUCAAUGGAAGGAGAGUUUAACUUCUUGUGCGCUUUUAUUUGAGUCCUAUAAAGAAACGCGGUCUGCAUAUACAAGUCUAUUUGCAGAAACGUAACAGACAAAGGCUUCUCAUGUGUGGUGGUAUCAGUCGUUGAAGACUGUCGUCUGACCUUGUUACAAAAGAAGUCUCUUUUGUAUCGGCUUCUAUUGAAUGUUACGCGCGCAGGAAACAUCGAGAAUUCUUUUACGUUAGAUGGUAUGUACAGAGACUGAGAUAUGUGCGUAUUACUGUUUCAAUUAUACAUACGUUAAGAAUAAGAAUGUCGCAGAAAAAUUAGAAUAUCACACGUCAGGUUUGUGGAAACUUAGUGAAUAAAUAUAAGCGAGUCUAGUUUGUAUAAAAUAAAAGAAGACGAGUUAUUAUACAGCAGAUGUAUAAAUAUCAUAUCUACUAUGCCUUCCCGAAACAAUAACCUGUAACGCAUUGCUGGCUUUUGCAGCAGAGAUAACAACCGUCCUGCCCUUUGCUUUCGCGAGUCAAGAUUCACACAAAAUUUUAUUGUAUACGAUAUAUGAGUUAUUAUGUCUGGGUGUUGAAUUUUUAUAUUUCAUUAUUAUUUCCGUUGUUCAAUGUCUAAAGCAUUGACGAAGAUCAGACUUGGCCCACAUCGAGACUUUACUUGAAAUAUAAAAUAGUCUCUUAUAUAAAAUACCUAGAGUUAAUGAGUGAUCGUAAGGCUGAUUAAAAUUAAACAAUAUAAAAAUAAGAAACGAUAAGAACCGUUUACGGAUCUAAUUUCCAUCAAAUUUUGUUUUUUUAAGAAUUAGAUAUGUUUAUUUUGAGUAUAUAAUAUGUGUACACGAAUACAUAAAUAUUUCAUCUUUUUACUUUACGCGAGAAAAGUUUCAAUUGAUUCAGUAAACAAAUAUUGCUACGAAUUGAAGUGAUCUCCUUCACAGUGGUCAAAAAAAAAUUGGAAACCAAGUCCAAGUCCAAGUAUAAAAAUCAACAACCAGAUCAACAAAUUGCAACGUAUACAAUAAUUAAUUUCUGUGUAAAUCUUUAAUCGCAACUAAUGAUACUUGCGCACGGUCUCCUGUCUAUCGAACAUCGUAGUACGUCCUAGUGAUAAAAUAACUACGAAGUGACCUUGUCAACAGAGUUCUCGGCCCGGUGGAUGAGCAGUGCAGCCUUCGUAGUAGUAAUAACGACCUGUGCUCCUCAUCAAUGGAUUUCUUACACCGGUGGACGAUCAACGUGGUUACAUUGUUCAAAUGAUACGUGCCUCUUCAACAGAUUUCUCAAUACCGUUGUCAUAUAAAUAAAAUUAACGAAUUUUAAUUAUGUGACGCGCGGUACAGCAACACUUGUCGAAACCGAAUCAGGAUCAUAAUCGGCACUUAUAAGUGAAUGUAUAAAUUCGUCGAGACGGGAGACCGACCGCGUAAUGGGAGACGGAACGUGCAGAGUUCUAAAACGUCGAAAGAACUUUGACAUAUCGGGACGGAUAUUUAUAAUAUGACAAAGUGACUUAACAAUGUAUGUGUGAUGUGUAAUACAACAAAUAAUACGAAGCGUAUAUAAACAUGUUUACUUGCGUUCGGCUUACGAUUUUAGAAAAGUACGAACUAUUACAUAUUUCAUGAUAUAUACAGAAGCCGGCCAUAAUGGUGGUAAAAUGAAUGAUUCCACAUGCAAGAAUAAGUCUGAAUACAAUUGUUUCUCACGAGACUUGGUUUUCGAGAGAAACAUGCCGAACGCACGUAAUUGUUUAGCUACGAAACGACCUGUCGAGAAGGACACUUCAGUCGGCCGUUGUGUUUGUUUACAUGAUGUAUAAGACUUCGCAGUUUGUAAGAUAAAUGUGGUGUCACACUUUGCGCAUAAAUAGGACUUUUGUGACAUAUGAAUGUAACAACAUUUUAGAUGUAAGUCUCUUGUGAUAAGUUGGUUCUUCGUCCAACUUUUGUCACAGCAGGCUCCUGCAAAAACGUUUUAGAACUCGGCGCGCUAAUUAUUGUAAUCGGUCACCGAAUGCGAUCAACAAUUAUUGCAAUCGGGGACCGUACGCAAACAGCAUCAAUUGCGGAAAUCAAGGUUUAUACGAAAUUUAAUCAAUGUAUGGGAAAACGUGUGGUGUUAUCUGUUAAUGUACGAGAGUUUCGCACUAACAAUGGGCCGACGGGACUCUUAUUCGCAGAGUUCCUUUUGAAUUUGUUUUCACGCGAGGAGCCGUAAUUGAUUCUUCAAAAUCAUAUAAAAAAGUAUAGUUGACCCACCGAUUUAAUCUUAUACGAUUACAGUCUCGCGUGCGUUAUCCAUACCCGUGCAAGUGCGAAACUUUUUAUUGUACUCGGGAUGCAGUGUGCUUUGUAUAAAGAACGAGCGAAAUCUUUAUCUUAGACUAAGUAGCGAGCGGUGUCCGAAGAAGUUUGUACAAUUAAACUUGUUAUGAAUGAAAGAGAAAGUAGCACAAUAGAUAGAGGUCGCUUAGAAUUCAGACUUUCUACGUGGUCUCAAGAUUGCGAGAGAGAGAGAGAGAGAGAGGGGAGAGAGAGAGAGAGAGAGAAAAAUUCUAUUAAAUGUAAAUCGGCGGACGUACAGUAUGUUUUAAAUAUUUAUAUACCGAGCAUGCUACGCGAAUUGUCGGGCAGUUCUACUCGAGAUGAAUAACGAGCUCUGUUAACGAAUGUGCUGCAUCGUAUUCUACUAUUAAUUGUAGCAUUAAGAGAAGGAGAGAGAAAAAUCGGAAAAGUGAGCGUGCUAACGAGAAAAGAAAAAUUCCAAUGGUCGAUCAACCGACUUCGUUGCUAACCCGCUGACAAAUUUUAGCCACUCGCACAUCGGUGGCGACAAGUAUGCUGUGUGUUUUUUUUUCUUUUCAUUUAAAACAGGCUGUGAAAUAAAGAAACGAGAUGAGGGGGAGAGACGUUACGUGUACACGUAUAUUUUUGUACAGAAACGAAAAAGCCCGACGAUCGCGUCCACAAUCGUCCGGCGUCGGGACACGACAGUGCGACGGUAUAUUAAAGGAGAGCAGUGUAUUUCUAACAAUAUAGUACUUUCGAGAACGCGCGAACGCGCUAACGUUGAUCAUUGACCCUUUCGCUGCGGGGUGCGCUUAGAAAUAUUCGAAAGUUUACGAUAAAGGUGAAAUUGUAAAGGUUGCAAUCUCUCUUGCGGAAAGAUCAACUUCAACAAGCUCUCUUCUGCAGCAACACAACAGGCGUUGAUCUGCGUUUUUCGCUAAUAGUCGUCAACUUUCUCAAGAGAGAGAGAGAGAGAGAGAGAGAGAGAGAGAGAGAGUAGAUUCGCGUACUCAACAGCGAAAGGGUUGACACUUCGAUUUUUCUCUGUUCCUAUAUAUUUCAUUUGUGUUCGCUUCGGCCCGACAAUGUAUACAUGGUCGUACGUUCUCGAUUCCGACGUUUUGUCGCGAAACAUACACAUCUCGCAUUCACAUUCAUGUAAGAAACAGAAAGAGAGAGAAAGAGAGCUUAUUGUCAUUAACAAUCACCGCGAACGAAAUGAGAAAUCAUGCAUCGCCAGACGAUAUUGUUCUGUGUAACUGUGUUGAAAAAGAAAAAAAAAACAGGUGUACUGUAUGCGUUAACCGGAGAGAUACUUAUAGCACCGUGUCGGAUAUUACUCACUCGUCUAGAUAUCUAAGGCAAAAGUGCCUACGCGUUUCUGUAACAGUACCAACGUAUCGCGUUGAUCUUCUCGUCAUGCACAAACACUUCGGCAGCAUCAUUUCCGGGCAGCAUAACGUGAGACAAGUCAGGCAAACGCGUCGAGUAUUUUGAGGCAGGUCGGUCCCCGACCUCAAGUUUAGCGACCGAUUCGUCACGAUGUGAAUGUCACAUCUUUCUUGUAGAUAUAGUUUUGUAAAUACACUUUGCGAUCGCGCGACAAAACCGGACAUAGUGACAGCGCGUACACACGCAAGAAAAUUCCGCAAACACAGUAGACAUUGCACUUUCGCAGGGAACGAUUUUUUGAGACGGGAGAUAUGUAUUUUUACGGAUUAAUUUAUUACCGGGGCAUGAUUCCUCACACUCUUAGCGUGGUACUCCUUUAAUCGUCGUCAUCCAAGUUCGCCGAUUGAAUGUCAUCGAACAUAAUAUAUACAUAUGCAUAUACAGAACACACAUCGCCACUCUGACAUUCUGAAUUUCUCAAAUUUGCGUUUUAUAGGCCUUUGUAGCUGUUACUCAGUAUACUAAUCUCGCGCUCUUAUUGUAAUUAAGUAAUUUAUUUGAAACUCGACCAAUGCGUAAUUUAGUAUUUGCUACUAAAGAAUUGUAUAAGACGAGACGUUUCUGUAAUUUCUGACUGGAGGCUAACACGUAAGACGUAGCGAUAAAAGUAUAUCACUUCGCAAUAGGACCUUAUUUGUGGCGGGCUUCGCUCCUUUCGAUAAGAGAGUGAUUUACUUCUUGUUGCAUAUACUAUCAUAGAUGUAUCUAUCAAUAAAUCAUUUGACGUCGA